UUAACAAGUAUCUUCAUAACUUAUUUCAGUCUCUGAAACAACGUAAUUAGGAUCACAAACAGUAUCUCUGACAGCUUCAUCAACGUAAGCUCGGUAUACCCUAAAAUUAACGUCUUCUGGGUUCCAAGGUCCGUACAAAUACAUCGGUAGCCUGUUUGAGAUGGUCCAGAAGCUUUGUCUCUCUUCAUUGUCAACUCGUAUGUCAUUGGGAAACACAAGAGUCUCGUUACUGACUCCAACUAAUCCGAAAUUCCGAGAUCCUGAAGAAUGUCCAAAGUCUUUGGCCCUUCUCUCGCCUACUGGUGCGAAGCUAUCAGGAUUUGAUUCCGCUGUCUCCUGGUCUAUUAACACCGCGGUGGAUACCGCGAAUUCAUGGAAACUGGACAUCGGAUGAAAGUAGAGAAUCUUGUCGUUGUUAACGUCAAUGGGGCUCAACGCGAGUCCGAGGAUUCCGUCCAUCCAUUGGAAACGAAUACCGUGUAAUUCGUACUUGGAUGCAAAAGGAUUUGGGAAGAAGAAAUGGUGCUGGAUUCUGAAGGACGUGUCCUUUGAUAAGUCGUAGACUAUCAUUGCGAAACGCCAGACAUCUGCGAGCAGUCGGUCUGUUUUUAAGUCAAAGAUGAAAAUGGCUGGUGGGCAAAUUCUUUUUAGUGAUUCAGUCAAGUUUACCGAUCCUGAAUCUAAAACCCAGAGUCGAUCACACUGAUCUACUUGGAUCCGGAAGACCGAUGUCAU